GCAAUGGCGGACUCAACCAUGAUACCCACAUUGUUGUUUUGUUUCUUUACGAAUCUGCCGUCUCCUCUUCCCUCAAAUACUAUGCAUUUUGCUCAUUCUCCUCUUCCUCUUCCUCCUCUUCCUCCUCAUUCCUCAACUCCAUGUCUGGCUCUCACCAGGAACCGUAUAUCCGUAAACAACUUAGAAAAGGUGGUGCUACCUUGAUGGACCGGUAUUCUAACUUUGGAAUUCAUGGAAGUGUUACCAGCCGAAAAAUUUCCAGGGCAAGUUCAGAUGCUGGUGACUCAGGACCAAGAUCAAUUGUUUCAGAUAUAUCUGAAAAGGUUGUAGACAAGUCCUCAGAGGAUGUAGUCUCAGAUAGUCUUGUUGAACCUUCUGGUCAAUCCUUAUCAGGGAAGAAAUCAAAAUUACCCAGAAAAACUUCAUUUGCAUUUCCAAUUAUUAAGUCUGAUCUGAAUGUUGACUUGGAUGAAGGAGAUGAUACAGUGGAAACCAGCUUGACUGCUCAUGAAACAGAUGUAGAUUGCUAUACUUCUUCUGAUACUGCAAGGCCCACAAUUGAAAGAUCCUAUAGUGUGAAUAAAAGGAAAUCAAGUCUUUCUAAAAUUCCACUUCCACAGUCUGCAGCAUCGUUUUAUAUUGGGGACUCACCACACAUGGAAGUUGUGGAAUCAUGUGAAAGCAUUAACAGGCUGAAUUCGUAUUUGAAAGCUAGUAGAGAUGAAGUCAAUGCUGGUGUUCCAGGCAGGUUUUUACAUGCUGUGAUGGGGCAAGAUUUCUCAGAUGUUAGCUUGGUUGCUUCAACCAUCAUGUAUGCCUUCUACUUGAAUGAAACACGGAAAAUUGGCCAGUUCUGCACUGUACCAGUCAUCAACAUGAAGAGGGCAGACCUAAGCUCUCAUGCUGAAAUAAAAUGGUUGCUCAAUUCAUGUCAGAUUGAUCAAUCAUCCUUGAUAUUUCUGGAUGAGAUUGACCUGUCAUAUUAUGAUCUAUUUGGGGGUCUUAAAUUAGUUCUACUAAACGGGGAUAGACUCCCAACCAAACAGGAGGCAUUCAAGGAGGCCGUGGUUGAAAUUUUUGGCUGCAAAAAGGAUUCUGAAUAUCCUUGGGUUGAGACUGUUACUGCAGGACAGGACUGCUCAUGCUGUACACUUAUUGCUGAAAACUUUGCACUGUAUUCACCUGAGAUUUUGGCUGGAAAAGGAUUCAGUAGACUUUUGUUAGCAAGUAUCCUUUUAGAUACUGGAAACUUGACAUACCACCAUUGCACAUCCAAGGAUAAGUACAUCGCGACACUCUUGAUUAACGGUGCUGGUCGUUUUGGAUGUAAUGGCCUUUACCAGAUAUUGAGAUACAAAAUGUAUGAUGUAUCUGACCUCAAGGUAAAAGAUAUACUGCGCAAGGAUUUCAAGAAGUGGAUGAGAGUAGGUAAGCCAGAUGGUGCUGGCUCAAGAGGGAUGGGCUCCUACAUCGGGAUGAGUUCUAUCGGGAUUUCAGUUGCUCAACUUCUUGUUCACAAGGAUACUGCAACUCAAGAAAUCGUAUAUUUCCAGCAGUCAGAGAAAAUUCGGCUACUCAUGAUUGUUUCAGGGUAUUAUGACAGGCAGAAGAACUUCAAGAGAGAGCUCCUAGUCUCGGCUGAAUCUGUGGACCUUAUGAAGAAUCUGCUCCAUUUCUUCAAUUCAAAUGCCUCCCAAUUGCCUCUCAAAGUUCUGCAUCAACCAGGUCUCAGAGAUGAGAUGAGAGCAUUUGAGGUGGAUCAAGUUACAUCAAGGAGAACCAUUGAGCAGCUACUGGAUGAAUUUGGUGGGACAUCAAAACGCUAAUAUAAGGUUUGCAUAACAAAACAAUUAGUAUUCAGAUAUAUUGUUCAGUGUGCAAUAGACGAAAGAAAGAGAACUAGCAAUAAAUUGGUACUUGGUCUAUGGCUGACUUCUUUGAAAGACAUUUUGCACUCGUGUAGAUGAAUGAGUGACCAUGGAUUAUUGGAAUCCCUUUUAGCUAAUCAUUUGGGGUUACAUUUUUGUUUUCUGCCAACAUUUAUUACAUUGAGAUGUUUAUGAAUCA